GGUCUUGCCCGGGUCCGGUCCUCCUUCCUCCUACUUUUCCCCAGCUCAAAAGAAAAAUCAAGUUAGCCAUGGCCGCCGCCUACACCUCGCGCCUGGGCCUGCCCCCCGCCGCGCACCCGUACGACGACGAAUCCGUGGCCUGCGCCCUAGGGCAUCUCUACCCCACCAAGGAUCCGUUCGCCCUGCCGGCCAGCUGCCUCCUCCCGCCGCCCGAGCUGCCGCUGGCCUUCGGGUUGCCCGCCGGCGGUCUCGCCCCCGUCUGCUGCUGCGCCGACGCCGCGGGGGCGCCCGCGUUCCCGCCCUUCCCAUGGGCGAACGUGCCCUCGCCGCCAGUGCCGCCGCGUUGCGGCAUCACGGAGAUCGACGAGUUCCGGGAGGUGGAGUCGGAGGAUAACCUCUCCCCUUGUUCCGUCCUCACGCCCUGGAGGAGGCCGACGCCCGCCUCGGCGCUGCCUUCGCCUCCGCCCCUCGUGGUCGGGGGGAAACGGGCCUUCGACCCCACCAGCGAGAAGACUUCUCUGAUGAUCUGCAAUAUCCCCAACGGAUUCGUGAAGCGGAGGUUCAUGGCGAUUCUGGACCAGCAUUGCGUCCAUGAGAACGACAAUCCUGAAUGGCGUGUCGUUGGGGGUGGCAAGUUCGUGAGAUCGGAGUAUGACUUCCUCUACAUCCCAAUAGACUUCAGGACGAAGUACAACAAGGGCUAUGCGUUCGUCAACAUGACGACGGCGACUGCAGCGCGGCGGCUCCAUGCUUUUCUCCACGGGCACCGCUGGGCGCUGGCGGGCUCUCGGAAGGUAUGCGAGGUUGUGCACGCGGACAUCCAGGGGGUGGAUGCUUUGUCAGCGCACUUCUCCAGCUCCAAGUUCCCAUGCGGUAACAAGGACUUCCUGCCAGUGCGCUUCGGCCCGCCGCGGGACGGCCUUCGGCCGACGGUGGAGCGUGUAAUUGGCCGCACGGUGGUCCACCGUCCCGCUGAUCAAUCUGCUCACCCCACGCCGCGUGCUGCACGUUGCACAUAUCUGGACCUCAUGCGUUGAUCAUUUCAAAGGAAAUACAAGGAAGUUAGUAUUGAAAGAGGAGGCAAAUGGAAACCUGGUGCAGUGGGGAACAAAACUGUUUGAGCUGGUGGCUACUGGCUAGUGAUGUCUUUGCUUCGUCGCGAGGAUGGAGGCCUACUCACCUUAGGGUAGGUGCUUAGUGUGCUUGGUUACCCAAGAUGAUCAAGUUAGAUGGUUCUUUUGGGGCUGCAGGAGUAUCUUCUAGUGUCUGUAUGACUGUAUCCUACCUUGGAGAUGUUGGCUUCAUUUGUCUUCCCUAGGUAGCAGCAAUGCUUGGUGGUUCUGCCAUCCGAUUUCCUUUGAGUUGUCACUAACUGUACUCAUCUGCCCUGAACUUUCUUAGAUUGGUUUGUGCAUCUGUUCGCAUGUUAACCGUAUGUUAUCCGCCCGUGUAUGUUUUUGAAGAUUUGGCAUCCA